AUGACAACUUUGAAACAAGUUCCUCUUACAUGUGGUGGCCAUACUAGACCAGUUGUGCAUUUAGAUUUUAGUGACGUUACAAAAGAUGGAUAUUAUUUGAUUUCGGCCUGCAAAGAUGGCAAACCUAUGUUGCGGCAAGGCGAGACUGGUGACUGGAUUGGUACUUUUGAGGGUCACAAAGGUGCUGUUUGGGGAGUAGCUCUAACACAAAAUGCUAAUUUAGCGGCAAGUGGAGCAGCUGACUUUUCAGCGAAAUUAUGGGACGCGCGUUAUGGCGAUGUGGUGCAGACGUUUGACCACGAGCAUAUAGUAAAGAGCGUGAACUUCAACGCUGACGAUACACUGCUGCUCACCGCUAGCAACGAGAAACUAAUACGUGUUUUCGACCUUAACAAACCUGAUGCAGGAGCCAUAGAAAAGAUAAGUGCACAUACAAACAGUAUAAGGCACGCGGUGUUCCUGCAGAAUUCGCGCAUCGCAAGCGUGAGUGACGAUCUUACAUUGCGGGUCUGGGAUCGGAAUAGCGGACAGGAAGUUAACAAAAUUGAAUUUCCAACCAUUCCCAACAGCCUAGAACUGUCAAGGGAUGGAGCAAUAUUGACGGUGGCACACGGUACAAACGUUUCGUUCUACUCGUCGGACACGAUGCGCAAGAUGCGCGAGUUCCCAGUGCCGACCAAAUGCCUCUCAGCGUCGCUGGCGCCCAGCCGUGCUACCUUCGUCUGCGCCGGCGAGGACCUAAAAGUCUACAAGUUUGACUACAACACUGGGACAGAGCUCGAAUCUAAUAAAGGGCACUUCGGGCCGGUGCACAUCGUGCGGUGGUCGCCGGACGGCGAGCUGUACGCGACCGGGUCGGAGGACGGCACCGUGCGCCUGUGGCAGGGCGUGCCCGGCCGCGUGUACGGGCUGUGGCGCCGCAGCCAGGACGCCGCGCCGCUCGCCAACGGGUACAAGGAGCUCGCCGCCAACUGA